GCGGACCCAGCCGGCCAGCUGCCUCUCUUGAUUCUGCCCGGCACUUGGGUCUCCUGCCCUCACCUGCUCUCUCCAGGGCAGCUGUGUCCUGCUUGUCCGGCCAUGCGGUGGCUGUGUCCCCUGGCUGUGUCUCUUGCUGUGGUGCUGGCUGCAGGGCUAAACAGGGUCUCUGGGGGUGCCCCCUCACCCUUGGGCAGGCACAAAGCUGAGACCCAAGAGCAGCAGAGCCGAUCCAAGAGAGGCGCUGAGGAUGAGGAGGCCAAAGAGGUGCAGCAUUAUGUGCCUGAGGAGUGGGCUGAGUACCCCAGGCCUAUCCACCCUGCUGGCCUGCAGCCCACCAAAUUGUUGGAGGCCACCAGCCCCAGCCUGGACAAGGACGGGGGCAUCCUGAGCAGCGGGCAGGAGCUGAGGGGCAAUCUGACGGGGGUGCCGGGUCAGAGGCUGCAGAUCCAGAACCCCCUGUAUCCGGUGACCGAGAGCUCCUACAGCGCCUAUGCCAUCAUGCUCCUGGCACUGGUGGUGUUUGCUGUGGGCAUAGUGGGCAACCUGUCCGUCAUGUGCAUCGUGUGGCACAGCUACUACCUGAAGAGUGCCUGGAACUCCAUCCUCGCCAGCCUGGCCCUCUGGGAUUUUCUGGUUCUCUUUUUCUGCCUCCCGGUUGUCAUCUUCAACGAGAUCACCAAGCAGAGACUGCUGGGUGACAUUUCUUGCCGGGCUGUGCCUUUCAUGGAGGUUCUGAUCAUGUGCCUCUGUCUCCCUCCACACCCUGGCCCACAGGUUUCCUCUCUGGGAGUCACGACCUUUAGCCUCUGUGCCCUGGGCAUUGACCGCUUCCAUGUGGCCACCAGCACCCUGCCCAAGGUGAGGCCCAUUGAGCGGUGCCAGUCAAUCCUGGCCAAGCUGGCUGUCAUCUGGGUAGGCUCCAUGACUCUGGCGGUGCCCGAGCUCCUGCUGUGGCAGCUGGUACAAGAGCCAGCCCCCACCACGGGCACUGUGGACUCGUGCAUCAUGAAACCCUCAGCCAGCCUGCCCGAGUCCCUUUACUCCCUAGUGAUGACCUAUCAGAAUGCCCGCAUGUGGUGGUACUUUGGCUGCUACUUCUGUCUGCCCAUCCUCUUCACGGUCACCUGCCAGUUGGUGACGUGGCGGGUGCGGGGCCCGCCGGGUAGGAAGCCGGAGUGCCGGGCUGGUAAACACGAGCAGUGUGAGAGCCAGCUCAACAGCACCGUGGUGGGCCUGACCGUGGUCUACGCCUUCUGCACCCUCCCGGAGAACGUCUGCAACAUCGUGGUGGCCUAUCUGUCCACCGAGCUCACCCGCCAGACCCUGGACCUUCUGGGCCUCAUCAACCAGUUCUCCACCUUCUUCAAAGGCGCCAUCACCCCGGUGCUCCUCCUGUGCAUCUGCCGGCCGCUGGGCCAGGCCUUCCUGGACUGUUGCUGCUGCUGCUGCUGCGAGGAGUGCGGGGCCUCGGAGGCCUCGACCGCGGGGGGCUCGGACAGCAAGCUCAAGACCGAGGUGUCUUCCUCCAUCUACUUCCACAAGCCCAAGGAGUCCCCCCCACUCCUGCCUCUGGGCACGCCUUGCUGAGGCCAGGCCCCUGUGGGGAUGGGGGCACAGGAGGAGGGGUGGAGCAGGCAGGGAGGGGCACCAGCCCAGCCGGAGCCGAGCCUGCUGUUUCUUUCCCCGUAGGUCUUGCUUCUCUGCCCAUCUUGCUGUCUAGACAUGGACCUGGCUCCUCUUGACAAGGCUGGGGGUGUCAAACCUCUUUUCCCCAAGCAGGGCCUUCCGUGUGGCUCUGAGGGGCCUCCUAGCCCUGUCCCUUCCACGGGUGGGCGGUGAUGCUCCUAGGUCCUUAGAGCUGCCCCCAAUCGUUGUCCCACCACCUGGGAGCCUGGACUUGGCCUUCCCUACCUUGGUUGCAGCCUGUUUCCUUUCUCUGCCUUGGAACCUGACUCUAUGGUAGUUGAGUCCUCCCCAAGCAUCAUCUCCUCAUCCCCCAACCCAGGGACCCGUCCUGGAAUGGGGGGCUCCGCCUGACCAGCCUCAGGACCCUUUUCUCUGGACUGAAUCGGUCCCUGCCCUGGACACCUCCUCCCUUCUUUCAGAAGAUUUCUCUCUCCUCCCUCGUCCUUUCUCUGAGGUUCCCCGGGUGGCCCUCCUCGACCCUCUCUCCUUAGGUGCUGUCCUAUAGAAGGCCCUUCUUGACAAUAAACCAGGUAGAACUCA